GCCAAAAGGAGAAAAAAUAUAUUCGGAGGGGGAAAAAAAAAGCCCGAUAGAGAAGCUUUGAUUCGAAAGGACUCAUCGAAAGAAAUAACAGUACCGAGGAAGAAGGCUCGCUCCAGGUUGCAUUUAAUCUAUCCAGGGAAGGGGUAAAAGCCAGACACACAGACAGACACACGCACGUGAAGAGCGGUGAUAUAAAAAUCAAGUAUAUAUACACACUGACCUGAUUAAAACAAGAAAUUACAUAAGAAAUAGUAAACUGUUAAUUAAAAAAAAAAAGUCAAUCUUCGAUAUUUGCUGAGAUGGAAAGCAAUUUACAUGAAAAUGGCUUGAAGAGGCAAGACCACGAGGAAGUGAAAUUACAUAACAUGAAACCUGUUGAUAGUAACUUGAACGACAAUAAUUCAGAGAAAAUUUACGAGAGAGACAAUUUAUUUGCCGAUGCUCAUCAUGAACAAGAACAACAACAAACGUUAAUGAAUACUGAUAUGAAAUCAAUGGAAGCAGACGACGACACAAAUGGAGAAAAUACAUGUUGUUUUAUAUGGAAGUAUAUAACGUUUAAUCGGGGGUUAAACAUUGCAACGUUCACAAUUUUAGGGGCUCUUACCAAUUUUAUGACAUAUUCGGUGCCUAGUUAUAUUUCAUCGCAGGUAAGCUCUUUAGAGAAACAGUUCGGAUUGUCCAGUGCUGAGUUUGGAUUUAUUAACAGUGCCAAUGAUAUUGGUUUUUUGCUUGUCGUUCUUCUAGCUAGUCAUUUCGGAAGAGAUGCGCACAUACCCAAACUGUUCUCUGUCUUAACAUUAUUUGUAGGUGUCACUGUCGGUUGCAUGAGCUUAACUUACCUCUUACGUCCAAUCAGUUAUUUAGAACUGUUGGAAAAUUCAGCUUCACUGAACGGCACCAUUGGAAAUAACUCUGUAAACGUUACAGCGGCAACGGCAAACAUAUACCUGUGUUCUGAUGGCAAGUCACGUAUUGUUGAAGAGGCGAACUGUGCGAGUAAUCAGGUAAAGAGUCACUCGGCAUAUUUCUUGUUUGUCUUCUUCAUGAUAGCACUAGGUAUAUGCAAAGGCCCAAGAUCAUCCCUUUUCCCAACCUACAUUGAUAACAAUGUGCCUGAAAAACAUCACUCUGCUAUCUUUAUCGGAUUAAUGAUCGCUUUUUUGAUUCUUGGCAAUGCGUUCAUAUUCGUUUUGGGAGGCAUCAUUAGCCGAAUUCCUGCGGAUCUUGAUGGUAAAGGUAUGACACCGAGUGAUCCCAACUGGAUUGGUGCCUGGUGGAUAGGGUUUCUCUUCAUUGCUGCUAUUACCAUCUUGUUCGGGUUUCCUUUGAUGUUUUAUCCAAGAGAAAUACCAAAACAAAAACAACCAAAGUCGCGACCCGGAAACCUCGACUCUGCAGUUUUGAGGUUAGUUAAGGAAACCACGGAAAACCAUAAAACUGAAGAAACUGGAAAAACAUCUUUCAUAGAAAAAUUAAAAGAUUUACCUUCUUCACUAAAAGGCCUUUUGACCAAUCCAAUCUACGUUCUCUUGCUUGUGGGAGAUUGUAUACUCGUGUUUUGUUUCGGUGGUUUGCGGUCGUUCUUGCAAAAAUAUUUGGAGCACCAAUUCUUCCUUCCUGUCUGGGAAAGCAACUAUAUUUUAGCUAUUGUCGGGCUUCUGGGAUCCCUGGUUGGAAUAAUGCUUGGCUGUAUCAUAAUUACUCGAUUGAGACUUGAAAAACGAGGAAUGAUUUCGAUGAAGUUGAUUGCAUAUGGUAUCUGCAUCGUCCUGGAGAUUGUUGCAUCUUGCUUGAGCUGUGAAGCACCUCUCAUAAUCAACAACCCUAUGAAUAAUAUUUCCCUAAAUUCCAAUAUGUCGGCAUUAGUUGAUGAUUGCAAUUGUGAUAUUCGACAGUAUUUCCCCGUAUGUGGUUCCGAUCAACAGAAUUAUUUCUCACCCUGUCAUGCUGGAUGUAUGGAAGGAAAUAAUCUUAAGUUUACCAACUGCAAAGGAAUCCCUGGAAUGUCAGCAACUGCUGGUCUGUGUCCCAUUGACUGCGGGGCCAAAUAUCUAUUUAUAGUACUUACGACUAUCAUUGGCAUUGUUGGUAUGGCCAGUGUUCCACCCGGUUAUCUUCUAGUUGUAAGGACACCAAGUGAGAAAGAUAAGGCCCUCGGAAUUGGCUUCUACUCAAUGAUUUUAUCUGCUGGCGGCUUCCUUCCUGCGCCGGUUGUAUUUGGACGUGCCAUCGAUUUAGUGUGUAUCCUGUGGGAUAUGAAGUGUAAUGAACGCGGGGCUUGUAAAUUGUAUGAUCUAGAUAGCUUAAGAGGUGUCAUAUUCUUCCCUAUGAUUUUCGGUCGUUUCAUCUCAUUUCUAGCAUUUAUUUUAGUUUUCUAUUUGCAUAACGGGAAACAGAAAAAAACUUAACUCGUCCAAAAUCAAUGAGAAAAGUGUCCUGUUAUAGUUACUAUUCGGAAUGUAUAGAGACGAUGUGCAUAUUUUUUUUUACUCGCAUCGCAGUUUUCAUUAAAAUCAUUAAAAUCAUUCCAUUGAUUUCUCCUU